UUCUGUAAAAUCAGCAGCAGCAGCAAACUGGAAAAAGGAAGCUCUUUUUUCGGAGGAAAGAAAAACCGGCUUUCUUCUCUCCUCUUAAACAGAUUGUAUUAAGUUGUAGUAUCCUGUAAAUGGUGAAUCUCUGUCGCCCCUUGUUAAGGAGUAAAUUUUUGUCUCAGAUCCGUACACUAAACUAGCGAACACAGAAAAAGAGGAACACACACACAAAGGCCCAGCCGUCAACAAAAGAACCUAAGGAUUAUUAUUUUUUUAACAACUCCUGCUGAGAUACUAUCGACUCCAGUCGAACUUCGAGUUCACCCUCACACAACACUCUUCUCUCUCCCUUUCUACUUAGACACACUUUACUGCUCAACUAGUUACCGGUUCUAAUCCCACAAACACAUAUUUUCCCCUAUUUAUUUGCAAAUAUAUAUAGUGGAAUCAGUUUUUUUCUUCUUCACGUCUCUUCUGCAUUCCUUGUUCUUCAUUUCAGUCUUCUAUUUUAGUUUGUUCUACAAACAUACAUACAUGUAACAUGUAUGUUGUAACGUUGGACAAACGUAUUCUAUUCUAACCAAAAUUAAGGUUAACUUGUCUUAUGGUGCUGGGGUGAUUUCUGUUUCUUUUUUCCCUCUCACAAUUCCUCGCCCCAUCCCCUCCACUCUAUCUUGUUUAUAAAUACAAUAUCUUCUCUCUCAUUCACCCCCACUUUCACUAAUGAUGGAUGACGAGGAUAUUCUGCUGGACGAUGAAGAUCCAGACGGAGGAUCUAGUGAAGACAACGACGAUGAUGAACUGGUCGAUUUGGCCAUGGAACCGGAGCCGUCCACCACCCAAGAAAAACAGGACGCCGAGGAAUUCCCUUUCGAAGUGUUCAAGACUACCGAAAUUGUUCAGCUUAUGGUUGAUUGUAUCAAAGAAGUUAAUUCUGUAGUACAGAUACCUGCAACAAUAACAAGAAUUCUUUUGAACCACUUUAAUUGGGAUAAAGAAAGAUUAAUGGAACGGUAUUACGAUGGUGAUCAGGACAGCCUCUUCUCCGAAGCUCAUGUUAUCAAUCCUCACAGAAGGGAGGUGAGGCCUAGGAAAAUUCCCAGGUCAACUUCAUCUCAACCACCGUCAGGUGAAACGUUAUGUGAAAUUUGUUUGAUAUCCAAACCUACUCUUGAUAUGACUGGUCUUGAGUGUGGUCAUCGUUUCUGUAGUCAAUGUUGGAUGGAAUAUCUGACAACGAAAGUGAUGGAUGAAGGUAUGGGACAGACAAUCUCCUGUGCGGCUCAUGGUUGUGAUAUUUUAGUGGAUGAUGCCACUGUGAUGUCACUUGUGACUGAUGCUAAAGUGAGAUUAAAAUAUCAACAAAUUAUAACAAAUAGCUUCGUUGAAUGCAAUCGGUUAUUGCGAUGGUGUCCAGCCCCAGAUUGUGGUUAUGCAGUAAAGGUAGCACAUUAUGAUACUAAACCUGUGACGUGUCUUUGUGGACAUACAUUCUGCUUUAAUUGUGGAGAGAAUUGGCAUGAUCCUGUCAAGUGCAAAUGGUUAAGGAAAUGGAUUAAAAAAUGUGAUGAUGAUAGCGAAACUUCAAAUUGGAUUGCUGCUAAUACUAAGGAAUGUCCCAAGUGCCAUGUCACUAUAGAGAAGGAUGGAGGCUGUAAUCACAUGGUAUGCAAAAACCAGAAUUGUAAAGCAGAUUUUUGCUGGGUCUGUUUAGGGCCCUGGGAACCUCAUGGCUCUUCCUGCACAAACCACGUCAAAAAGAAGUCAUGCUGUCAGUUUGGUGGGAUUACAAAGAAGUCCCGGGCGGCGUUACAGCGUUAUCUAUUUUAUUGCAAUCGAUAUAUGAAUCAUAUGCAGAGUUUAAAGUUUGAACAUAAGUUGUAUGCAUUGGUGAAGGUAAAAAUGGAGGAGAUGCAACAUCACAACAUGUCUUGGAUUGAAGUCCAGUUCCUUAAAAAGGCCGUAGAUGUACUUUGUCAAUGUCGCCAGACACUUAUGUACACUUAUGUUUUUGCAUUCUAUUUAAAGAAGAAUAACCAGUCCAUUAUAUUUGAAGAAAAUCAAAAGGAUCUAGAAAUUGCAACUGAACAGCUCUCUGAGUAUCUAGAACGAGAAAUCACUUCAGACAUGUUAGCAGAUAUUAAACAGAAAGUGCAAGAUAAAUAUAGGUAUUGUGAAAGUCGACGUAAAGUACUUUUAGAUCAUGUCCAUGAAGGCUAUGAAAAAGACCUAUGGGAGUACCAAGAAUGCUAAAUAUAUAUAUGUAUGUACAUAUAUAUGUAUUUAUAUAUAUAUGUAUAUAUGUAUGUGUGUAUAUAUAUAUGUAUAUAUAUAUAUGUAUAUAUUUAUACAGAUAGCAACUUAUCAGAGUACAAAGAAUGCUAAAAUGAUGACCUAUCAGAAUAUUGCUAAAAAAAAAAUAAAAAAAACAAAUUUCAAAAAAAAAUUUGGGUUUCUAUUCAUCAUACUGUAAAACAUUUUUUGUAUCCUAAUGUGAAAAUUCCUUUUUUUUUUUAAACUUAUAAAUAAAUAAAUAAAUCAUUAUUGCUUAAACAUGAACAGAAACAACAACAACAACAACAACAACAAUAACAACCAAACCAACCAACACUUUGUCCACUAAAUGUUAUGAAGUUGGAAUGUCAUCCUGAGAGCUGUUAUUUUCAGUUGUGCUUAAGAAAUUCUGAUAAGAAACUUAACUGACCGUUGCAAAAUGUCCCUUAUUCUCUUUGAAUAAGCUGGGAUUUUUUUUUUUUUUUUUUUGAUUUGUUCAAAGAAAUAUACACUAAUAUGUGAAAAAAAAUUGAACUCUUAAAAAAAGAAGACAUUUUAUCACAAAAAGGAAAAAAAGAGAAAUUCCUACAAUGAAAUAAAUAAAAAAAAAUUUAAAAAUACAAGAAGUCAGAA